UACUCAGACGGGGUACACCUAAAGAGGUGUGGGUUUUCUUACCUUAAAAAUACUGUACGUAUUUGUAUUGCAUAGAACAGGAGCUAAACCGCGAACGUUUAACGAGAGUGUCGCAAAAUCUUGUGUACAUAUCGCGUCCUCUGAUUUAUUGAAUAAAUAGUGAAGAGUUUGCGAAAAAGAUUAUUGAUUGUGCAAUGUAACGUAAGUUUCAAGAUAAUGGGGGGAAAAUCCGAUAGCUUCAUUAGAAAUCUAAAAGGUUUUGCGGAGCUUUAAAUUCCAAUGAUCGGAUGUCCCAAUUAAGGAACAUGUCGAAGUUGAUGUUAGACAAGGACUGUCAGCGUUUCUUUCGGGUGGGAAUCCUGAUUCUAAAACACGGAACAGAAUUACUGCAGACGGUUCUGGAUUUUUUUCUGCAGCAGAAACACAUAUCCCUCCGGGAACUUCUUUUUCAGUACCGCCACGAGCUAUUUCACUCGUGGCAGAAGAACGGCUGUUGUGCCUGCCCUACCCACAAAGCAGUUUACUUUUCUGGCCAUUUGCUGAAAUCACAAUACGAAGAUUUGUUCACCCUUGUUCACACACGUAGUCGCGAUUGUCAGCACAUCAAAACGUCUGUACAUGGACUUUGUAGCUGCCGAUAUGACGUCAGAAAUGACGUCAGCAGCAGGAGUCUGGAUAUCAUCGUCUUGUCUAUGCUCCUAUUAAAUUUAGAUGUUUUCCGUCUCGGUGAUGAUGUCACAGAUGCUGUGUUGGAACUUCGUAGACUUAGAAACGAGAUCAUCUCUAAGGCCACUACCAUCAGUCUUACGGAGGCGGACUUUAUUUUAUUGUGGAAUAGAGCAGUUCCUUGUGUGACAAAAAUAGCACACGUGAUAUCUAUCCGCCGUAGCAAACAGAUAUCUGAAAUCAUAAGGACUCUUAGAGAUGACCCUCUCCAUCUUUAUUCAGCUAUGGUUGUCAUCACCACAGUGCGUCAUGGAAACCAGAGAGAGGUGUCCCUUUUGAAGGAUUUGGAACACGUGCAGGAAAUGUUUAAUAACAAGCGCCAAGGCGAGCUCUUACCAAUGUUAGACCUGGGAUUGGAGGUGGUUUGUUCAACAUUCGGUCAGUCUGAUCCUGCACUGAAGGAAAUGCAAAACUCCAAGUUCCUGUUGAAUGAAGGAAAAGUCAAAGACUUAAUAAAAAAACUCUCAAGCUCGUGGAUGCGAAAGCUUUCCAACACUCGACAAAUGGUCAACGAGCAAUCCGAGAAUUGGCGUGAACAGUUGUGGGCCUCCGACCCUCUCAGGUCGAACACAAGUGCAGAUUUGGGAUUUGUAUCUUGUGGAGACAACAUCCACGUAUCCAACGAUCGGCGAUGUGCACUUUGGGAAUUUUCUGAAUCGGAAGGUGUGACGUUUAGUAAUCGACCAAUGGGGCACUUAGAACAUAUAUGCAUUGACGUCACGGGGAGUGGUGAAGUCGCACUUGGUGUACUAGAAAGUGACCCUGUCCUUCAUAGGCAGAGGUUGUCUUCUUUUUCUACUUUUUCGGAACUAAAGACUGCCAUCGUGGUGAAAACGUUCGACUCUUCCAACCGAGUAAAAAUUUCCAGAGAUUCUAAUCAACUCCUUUUUUUCUGCGAUGGUCAAAGAUACGUUUUGAAUACAGACCAUGGAAGGGCGCCUUGGCUUGUGUUUUAUUUGCGAUUUGGAAAUGUAGAAAUUGAACUGCAAUCCACAGCAACCAAUCCAAUGAAAUUCCAUGACGUCAUGGGAGACAAUGUGCAGGCCACAGGGGGACAAAAACGUCUGCUGAGUCUAAAACACGGAAAUUCGCGGUCCGUGUGUCGUCUGACUAGGCGUCUUAAUUGCGGCGAGGAGGUCACUCUGUGUAUCAAACAGGUGAAACCAGUAGACGUCCGAGCUAUUCCAUCCUAUCUUCGUUUGGGUAUAAGUGCUGACGGACUCCAAAACGGCUCAUUGCAUGAUGACCAACCGUUCUCGUCAGCAUCUCGCUCAUGGCUGUUUACAAAGAAUUUCGAUGAAACAUUGUGUGCUGGAAAAAUUCAUGUAUCUAUUUCCUUUAGCGGAGUUCUGACGUUUGUGAGCUCUAGAGGAAUUAAUGAGAUUGUCAAACUGAGCAAGAGCGAAAAGAAAAUGGGCGUAGCGAUUAUGUUUGAAUUGUUUAGAACGGAAUUAGAGAUUGCUAGCUAUAAAAUCAAACGAUAGCAAUUCAGUUGGAUUUUGUCGACACCCAAUUGUCAACCAAGUCCAUAUUUAUACCACACGUGACCGUAAAAGCGAAGGUCCUGUGUCGCGGCAGGCGUUGGUACGUAAAAGAAAUCAUCACCGCUACGGCUAUGAGCGCUAAGCAUAGGUCUAGAUUCCUAUGGCUGGUGACGUCUCAAUAUGAGUGAAAAAUUCUCAAAUGAAAGUAAAACAAUCAACCAAAUCACUCAUGUAUACACACAUAUAUCUGCGCAGCCGCUCUUAACCUUUAUAAGUUUAUAAAACGACGAGAAUAAUGUAACAUUGACCCCGUCAAGACAUGAAGGAGAAUUUUCCUCCUAGCGUAAAAAAAUGAAAUGAUGAAAAGAUUUCCAUUUGAACUUCCAAGUCAAAAUAUCAAAUUUUAGUAACGUUAGAAAAAAAAUAUUGUCCCUCUUGUCACUGGGAUUUCUGGUUUAUUAAAAUCUUACAAAAUUUAACGGGAAAAAUGUUUGACCCGCCUCUCAAAGCAAAACAUGUGGAUGACAUCACGAGAUAUAGAUCCUUACUUACACGGUGAAUCACCGAGUUCAUGGGUCAAGGAAAAAUGUACAAAACACAGAGAACUCUAAGAGAAGGAUAUUUUCGCGCCUUUUCAGAGUGGCUAGGAAUACAACGUGACUUUAAUUUAGCUUACACACCGUCUUAAAGUGCAGUAAUGCCAAAGCGGUAUUAACACACACAAACAAAAUUCUUUUCAAUAACAUCUUACAAAUAUCAUCUUGAAACACUAUUUACAAUUAAGGUGUAUUUGAAUUGUGAUAUGAAGUAGAAAAGUUGUCAUGUUUUGUGAGUGCAAGAUUUAACGUUGCGUCUUCUAUCCGUGUCUGAUGACGUUUUCUCAAUUCCUAUACAGAAAAAAUAGUUUGAUAUAUUUAAAAAUUAUCCAAAGCAAUUUAAUUAACAAGGUAUAUCGAACUAUUUUUUCUGAAUAAGAAUUGAAAAAACGUCAUCAGACACAGGUUAAAAUCUUGCACUCGCAAAACAUGCCAACUUUGGUACCACAUAUCACAAAAAAUAUACGUAAUACAUGGAUACAAUUACUAUACAUAGAAAGUACACACCCUAUAUAGUAUUAAGGCAUAAAAUUACCAACUUCUGAAAAUAGGCCAAAAUUGACCCUUACUGUACCUUCUCCUUACAUGUAAAGGGACUGAUUCAUGAUUUCCACAAACUACCCAAAUUAACAUCAUUAUUAUAAAUCAUCAAACACUCGUAUUAAUGUGCUUUGGAUGAAAUAUUAAUAAGACAUGUAUAUCCUUGUAAAGACAUGUUAUUAUGAAUUAAUAUUGAUAUAAAUUAGUAUUUGAGUCUCUAAA